GUCAUGAAGUCAAUCUGCACCUCAGGAUGAAGGGCAGGGAGUGAGGAGCAGUGGAGAUGACAGGACAGACGGAUGCAGACAUACCUGGGACUAGCAUCCACACAUUUGGUAAAAGCAGUUUUGCCGACAACUUGCCUGGGAAAUUCUGGCUGAAGAAUGACCAUCCAGUGCACAUAUCCUGUGGUGGAGAGCACACUGCUGUUAUCACAGAAAAUGGCCGGCUGCUGGUGUUUGGUGGUAAUUCUUGCUGCCAGUUGGGACUGGGUUUCAAACCUGCUGCCAUUAAACCUGCCUCUGUGAAAGCCUUUAAGUCUGAGAAGGUGAAACUUGCAGCUUGUGGCAAAGAUCACACAAUUGUCUGCACAUGGUGGGGUAGUGUGUAUGGAGCUGGCAGUAACCACAUGGGGCAGCUUGGUCUGGGCCACUGUAACAACACUUCAUCCUUUCAACCGCUACAUCAAUUUUGUGAUCACACACCAAUCAAAAUGCUCUCUGCAGGAUGCCACACAUCAGCCGCCUUAACAGAGGAUGGGAGGUUGUUCAUGUGGGGAGACAACUCUGUGGGUCAGAUCGGUUUGGGGGAUGAGGGAUUUGCAACUGAACCCAAAGAGGUGAAUGUUGGGGCACCGGUUAUGUGGGUGUCCUGUGGGUACCACCACUCAGCAUUUGUCACAGUGGACGGUGACCUGUACACAUUUGGUGAGAGCAGGAAUGGACGUCUCGGUCUCCAGGUGGAGCAGCUAGUCAAUCACAAAAUCCCUCAGCGGGUGCAAGGCAUUCUGGGUCACGUCACCCAGGUUUCCUGUGGAGGAGAACACACUGUGGCACUCACAGAGGAGAACGUGUACACAUUCGGUCGGGGUCAGUACGGACAACUGGGUCAGGGGACGUUUCUGUUUGAAACUGAUUUUCCAAAAGCAGUGGAGCAGUUUUAUAACUGCAGCAUCAAGCGUAUCGCCUGUGGAGAGAGCCACACCGCUGUGAUCACUAACAGUGGGUUGUUGUACACUUUUGGUGAUGGUCGUCAUGGAAAACUGGGGUUAGGGGAAGAGGACUACAUCAACCAGUUCAGACCAACACUCUGCACACGUUUUCUCAAGUACAGUGUUCAGUCAGUUUCCUGUGGCGGUGACCACACGCUGGUCCUGGCUGCACCCAGACCACCAGAGAGCCGAGAACUGGUGUCAGAAAAGGACUGUACCUUCAGACAGAACAUACAGGACUCAAACUACGCAGACGUUCUACUGAUACACUCUUUGAAUAAUUCUGCACCACCACUGUCAAUCAAAAACAGCAUCAUCUCUCCUCGAGACCGCCGCAGAAACAAAGAAAGUCCUGUGGAUUUGUUCGGGGAGGUGUUUCAAAAACUCCCACGUCUCAGUUCUGGAUUCCUCAACUCCACUAGGCAAAUGUCAAGAAAUAUUCUAAGUCCAAAGAGGCAUUCAAAGGACAUUACUACCCCAUCAUCAUCUCCCAAAACACAAUCAGAUGUAGCUCCAAGCCCACCACUGUCCCCUAAAUCUCUGUCCAAAUCCCCUCAGAGCCCAGUGUUAUCCCCUAGACAAACAAACCCACAUUCUCCGUUAUUGGACAUGCUUCAGAAGAAAACCUCUCCCACCACCUCCUCUGACUCUAAAUCCAGCCCUGCUCUGCUACUGUCGCCCAAGUCCAUAUCUAAACAUAGACCUAACAUCCCUACACCCCCAAAAAAGAAUAUAAAAAAGCAAGUUUACCAAAGAGCAACAUCUUCAAAGGCCUUAAGUAAGAAAAUAACUGAUCCUCCACCUCCUGAGGGACCUUGUAGUCCGACGAGACCCCCCAGUGAUGACUCCUGUAAACAUGAGGGAGUGGAGGAGCACUAUCCCACCUCACCACAAACAGAGGCUGAAAUCAAUGAUGAGAGAAAACAAAUAGUUAUUGAAGAUGUGGAAGAGAAAGGAUUCGACCAUGAAUUUUUGCUAAAUAAGCAAAAGGAACCAUCACAAGCAAAACAGGCUGAUGUGUUUGCAGAAAAGCUCCAGCCCAGUGAAAAAGCUGAGAACAGUUGUCAUAAGGCCUUGCUCACAGAAUUACUGACGGGCAGGAAGAAGGACAUCUCCACCCCGAAGAACGCCAAGAGUCUGAAAAACACCAAUGUCACAUCUACAGGCAAAGAAAACAUUACAAAACAGAUCAUUAAAACCAAAAUUCAGCAGAAAAGACAACCAGGAAAUAAUCCUACAGCCCUCAAAACCAACACACCAAAACAUGAGACAAGGAACCUGUCAGAGUUGAGUCUGAAAACUUCUACAAAAGAGAAGGAAAAGAACAAGAGAAAUAUAAAUCUGGGAGAAACUUUUAAGAACAAUGAGGAAGUGAAAUCCGCCUUUUUAAGUAAACAUUUGAUAGAGACGUCAAGCACAGUGAAAAAGAAGACAACUACCUCAUCCAUUCCUGACAAGACAUCAGAUUUUCAGUGCACUAAAGGAGAUGAAAGAAGCAGAACAUUUGCAGAGGAAGAUGCAGGAAAUCAGGUUGAAACCACUGAUGUCAAACCUGUUCAAGUAGAUGCUGAACAGCAGACACAGCAAAGCCAGAUGACACCGACUAAAGAGGUUAACUCAGCACAAAGGAAACCUCAAAGGAGACCAUUCAAUGUUAAAACACCACAAAUGAAAAAAGAAACCACACCGGUCACCUCUUCACCUAUUCAGGCUGAAGCUAAGAAACCCUCGAGUGUGAAAUCUACACCUGUGAAAGUUAAAGGCAAACCACAAGAACCCAAACUAGCAGCAGUUCAAAGUAAAAGGACAGAUGUUGCUGAAAGUAAAAGUCGAACAAAGGGGAUAAAACUGGCUCCGAAAACUAGAGCCAAGCCUGCUGAUAGGAUACCUGGUAAUGAAAAUACUACAGAAAAGGAGAAGAAGAUGAUACAAGAAUCUAAAAUAAAGGCAAAUGCAAUCCAAGAGGGAAAAGAGGUGGAGGAAGGUGAAGCUAAGAUAGGCUCUAAAGAUAAUACAAGGGCCAAGCUGGGGAAUAAGCCGAGUGGAACUUCCAGUCAGCCCUUAUCACAGCAGGAUACACCCAUUAAAGUGAUGAGCAACCCUGUUUCCCCAGAAAGCCCACAGAGAACACAGGUGGUUUCCAGCAGUGACACCAAAACCUUGCAAGACCCUACACAUUUUAAAAGGGAUGUGCUUUUUUCUGACAAAGACACAGAAGAUACUCAGCACUUGAAUGAAGAAAAAACAAAGUGGGGGGCCAUUUUUAGUGAUGCCGCUGUUCUUAUUCCUGCCGCUGGGAUUGUAGGUGCAGCUGUGGGGGCUCUUAGCGAAGCAAUGGCAAGCACGGGGAGUUUUCAGUCUGACAGUGACGCCGCUGCAUCAACAUCCAAGACAGCCAGUCGUGCUAAGCACCUCAGGAAGCAGAGCGCAGUUACGCAACCUUCCCUCUCAUCAACAUUGUCACAUUUUUCUUCAACAGAAGCAUCACACACAGAGAAGAGCAAAAGCAAGGACGCUCAGAGCAAAGACGGGAAUGUAGGAGAGGAAAAUAACUCAGCAACUCAAAAUCAGGCAGAAAAAGAUGUGGUGAAGAGUGGCAUGUCUGAAGCAAUGACAGCGGUGGAUGAUGAGGUCCAGAAUGGGAGGACGAAUAAUAGUACAGAUGUGGAGAAGUCUGAACAAGAACAUAACCAACAGGAAGACGACAAAAUUCAUAAAGUGUCUAAAGACAAAGAUGGUAAUGUAGAGGAUGAGGAAAGGGAAGAAGCAAGUGAUGGAGAGGAGUGUAAAGAAGGGAGUGUUUCUGUGGAAAAUGAGGAGGAAGAAGAUGAAAAUGAAGAGGAAGAAAGUGGUGAAGAAUCAAGUGCCAGCAGCGAGGAAGAGGAUGAGCAGAAUCAGAAGAGUGAUAUUACAGAGGCGGAAGAGGAGGAAGAAGAAAGUGAGGAAAACAGUGAGGAAACAAGCAAAGGAGGGAGUAACUCUGAGGUAAGUGAAGCAGGAGAGGAAGAAGGAAGUGAGAGUGAAGAGCAGUCUAGAGAUAGUGAUGUGGGUGAUGAUGAUGAUGAUGAUGAUGAUGAUGAAGAAGAGGAAGGCAGAGAAGCCAGCGACUCCACAAAGACUGGAGUGAGUGAGGAAGAUGAUGAGGAUGAAGAAGAAAAAGACUCAGAUGAGCUGACAGAUGACAGUCAGGAAGAUGAAGAUGAUGACAACAAGAAACCUGGUGAUUCAAGUGUUGAAGAUGAGGAAGAGGAGGAGGAGGAGGAGGAAGAAGAGGAAGACAAUGAGGCUGAUGACAGCAAGGAAGAGCAAGAUGAUGAUGAAGAGGAAGAAGAGUCAUCAUUAGAUGAAGGGGAAUCUGAGACAGAGGAGAAGGAAGAGAGUGAGGAGGAGGAAGAUGAGGAGGAAGGAGAAGAAGAAGAAGAAGGGAAUGAUGAAGAAAAUGAAGGAAAGAAAGAUAAAGAGUCAGAGAAUGAUGAAGAUGAGAGUGGCGAGGGUGAGGGAGAAGAUGAGAGCGGAGAAGAAGGAGAGGAAGAGGAUGAAGAAGAAAAAGAUAAUGAAGAAAAAGGAAAGGCUGCAAAUGUCAAAGAUGAUGAGGAAGGCAGUGAAGAAGGGGAGGAAGAGGAGGAAGAGGAAGAUGGGACAGAAAAUCAGGAGGAGGAAGAUGGUGAAGAAGAAGAGGAAGAAGAAGAGGAAAAAGAGAAAGAGGAGGAAGAGGAAGAAGGAGAAGAGGAAGAAGAAGAGGAAAAAGAGAAAGAGGACGACGAGGAAGAAGAAGAGGAAGAAGAAGAAGAAGGAAAAGUUAAAUUAACAAAAUCAAAGAAAGAUGACAGAGUGAAAGCCCCAACAGUUGCUCCUCCAGACAGAAAACAGAAGAAAACACCCAAACCAGCGCCGAGGACUGAGCAGAAGGCUGCAGCGGAAAAGAAACAUGAGUCUCAGCAGUUUUGGAACAAUGUGCUGCCACAGUACCUCGACCUGCAAUGAAGAUAUGUGACAACGUCUGCAACGGAGUGGACGCAGAAGCACUUGACAGCAGUAGAAAUGAAAAUGUCCUAUUUAAUGGAAGAAACCUCAGACAGUGGAGAGAAAAGAGAUAAACAAACUGUACAGGCUGAUGGGCCGGUAUCUGCAUGAGAAACAAACCUGCAAAACAGAGAAGACAGGAGAAAAAACACAAUCAGUCUAAAUGUAUCUGUUGCACAAAGAUGUUGAAUUCCCAUUAAUCUUAAGUUUUAUUAAGACUAAACUAAAAGACAAAACUGACUGUGCCACCAGUUCUUCUGGUGAGAAUUUUAACAGUUAGAAGAUAUGGACCAAUUAAGAUGGAACAUGUUUUUUUGAAUAAUUUACAGAGCCCCAUUACUUUAUGUUUCCAGCGGGUACUUUCGAAAGUUUUCUUUUUGCAUUUCUCACUCCACAAUACUGUCAGAAACUUAAUUUAACUUAAAUUGACAGGAGCUUAAAGUUCUUCCAUUGCAUCAGAAUUGCAGUGGAACAAUGAGACCUACUAGUCUUUCAUUUUCUAUUGAAAACAGUUUUUAAAAAGCACCACAGUUUCUCAUUUCUCUUCUAUUUUUCAUCUCUGUCUGUGAAAGAAUCGGGCACUAAAGUUGUAUUUUUUGGCAGAUGUUUUAGUCCCUAGUUGUCUCCAACUGUUAUUCAUUCCAGCUUCCACUAGUUGAAUGAAUGCACCGCUGAGACUUUUAUGUCACUGUCAUUUUCAGAGCUUGUGUUUUGUAUUUUAUUGCUUUUCUUACUUUUUUUUUUUUUGCCUCAUUUUCAACACAAUAUUGGUAAUAUUACAAGGCUCAUGAGCAAUGUCUCAGAGGCUUGUCUUUGUGUGCACUUGUUUUACUCAAUAUUCUACCUUGUUAUGUUUGUAUCAUCUGUAUUUUGGGUGUCAUGGUUCAACACAAAUUUCCCCACAGGAAUAAUAGAGUUUGUUGUAUCUUUUUUUUUAUAUCUUAAAAAAAAUCAUAAAACUGCUGGGCAUAAGUUAUUGCAUUUAUUCAUGACUAUAACAGCAUCAAGAGGAAAUAACAAAUAUGCAAAGGCACAAUUUGCACUACAAGUCAUAGUAUUCUAUUAAGACUGAUUUCUCAGAUGUGGUUUGGUUGUUUUUGGCUAUGCAUAAUAUUUUCUUUAGUGAUAUAUAGAGUGAUAUAUUGAGGAUCCUGAAAUCAGAUGAGCUAAAGAAUAAUAAUGCUGAUGCUCUUGGAACAGAAGUAAACACAGAGGUCACUGAAGACAGCCUUUACAAUGUCAUUUAUAUGUUGAUGUGCAAUGAAAUUUGUGAGCAAAUACAGUACACAAAGGCCACCCAC